AUGAAGUUGCUUUAUUUAGGCCUCUUGAUUAUUAAAAUUAUGAGCGUUGUAGCGGAUUCUAUAAUUUCAAUAAAUGACUUAAUACCAGAGCCAAAUCCUGUUAUUGAAUGGUCUGUGGGCUCAGAACAAGAUGUUACAUUCGCAAGGAAAUUAUUUGAACUGGUAGUUAUUCGGAAACUUCAACUACUACAUGGAAGAGGAGACAUCCCAAGUCUUAGAUUAUGGGUUAAAAAUUUAGUGGAAUCUGAAAUGGUUAAGUCUACUGCCAUUAUAUCUGAAAUAAUAUAUACCUUAGAAGAAAAUCACAUUAAUAUUGAUCUAUUACCAGAAGGAUGGAAAUCUCUUGCUAGGGAAGGUAAAAGUUUGAAGCGUCUUGCAGAUAACCUCGAAAAGAAUGACAAUUUUACUACAUGGGAAAUUCUUAAUGUUGCCUGGGCAGCAUUUGAUUAUUGGGCUAUUGUACAGGAGGUUGGUUUACCAAAUAACCCAGAGGAAUGGUGGAAUAGUGGUCCAAUGGAACUAAUUGAACAGGUGAGGGCUAAACGUAGUCUAGUUGAAAAUUUUCCAGGUUUAAAUACUCUAGCAAAAUGCUAUUCAUCAAUCUGCACAUCUUAUGAAAAUAAAAUUAUUUCUUCAUCUUAUGGGGAGAGUAUGUCUGAAUCAGAGAUAAGAGAUUUAAGUCACAAGCAUGGUAUUUACACUAUGCUUAGAUACGUUUGGAAUUACUGUCCAAAAGUGUUAGAAUCCAUUUUAACUUCGGUAAAUAGACACAUAAUUCUUAAAGAUGAAGGCCAAUUUGCAAGGCAAAAUGGAGUGCCAUAUUUAUCUGAUAGUACAGGCAAUGUUCGUUUACUGCUAUCCCCAAAUGGUUAUGCUCUACCUUACAACUUGAACUCACAAUCUGGAAAAGAUAGGCUUGAAUACCAUUUAAAUAUCCAGGUAUCUGGUAUAGAUCAGAGCAAGAGUGGAGAAUCAAACAAUAUUCCUUUAUUCCCAGAACAAGAACGUCUAUUUUGGAUACUUACUAAUAUAUUUUCAGCUCUGAAGAGUAUAAAGUGGACAAAUGGUGACAUUGAACUUGGUUAUAUUAACGGGUUAGAGAAAAAUAGUGAAUACGAAACUGCUAAGGAGUUAUGGUCGGCUUUUGCAUAUAACUCUAUUGGUCAGAUACACCCUGAACUUGAUAUCCUAAAUUCAUGCUUAUACUCUGAUAACUCCUCACAAUUGCAACUCUUUAUGGAUCUACUUCAUGAACAGCCAGUUAGUACAGAUCUUAAAAUUGCACCCCUGUAUACAAUACUAAUUCCUGAACACUCUCAAAAUACCAUUUCAGAGAAUAAAGUGGUUGGAGAAGGUAUAUCAAUGGAAGAAAAAAGAGAAGCAAAAUAUGAAGAUUUAUAUGCAACUAAACCUGAUAGCACACAACCUAGUAAUCAAAUAUUAGAAGUAUUAGAUACUGGAAGCCCUUUUAAAAGAGUACUAAGAAGUAAAGAUGAAGAUGAAGAUGAAGAUGAAGAUAAUUACUAUACAGAAGAUUCUGUAACUGAAAUGAUUUCACCUUCAACUUCUCUUAAAAGUGAGUUACCAGCACAAGUAAAUUCUUCAAGAAAGUUCACUCCUCCAACAUCUGCAUUAAUUGGUGCACCACAAACCUCAAGAACGCCUUCAGAUGUCCCCAAAGAGACAAGUUUUAGAAGUUCUAUAUCACCUAAAAAUAUUAGUCCCAGAAGUUCUACAUCACCUAAAAAUAUUAGUCCCAGAAAUUCUACAUCACCUAAAAAUAUUAGUCCUGGAAGUUAUACAUCACCUAAAAAUAUUAAUCCUGGAAGUUAUACAUCACCUAAAAAUAUUAAUCCUGGAAGUUAUACAUCACCUAAAAAUAUUAGUCCCGGAAGUUCUACAUCACCCAAAAAUAUUAGUCCCGGAAGUUCUACAUCACCCAAAAAUAUUAGUCCCGGAAGUUAUACAUCACCUAAAAAUAUUAGUCCCGGAAGUUAUACAUCACCUAAAAAUACCAAUCCCAUAAAUCCUGUAUCAUCCGAAUGCGUUAGCAUUACAAGCCCUAAUUCGCCUGAAUGUAUCGGUAUUAUAAGCCCUGGAUUACCUAGAAAUAAUAAUUCUAUAGACUAUAAUUUAUCAACAGAAACCUUCAGUCCUCACAGUUUUAGAUCUACAGAUUUUAAUAAAAGUUCUAAAGAUUUCAAAAAUCUUAAAACUAUAGAAUCAAAAUUUAAAGAUCUUGUUUCAUUUGAAGAUAUAGGGGAGAAUCCUAAAGUCUUGGAAUUUGAAGUUUCACCUAAACCCCAAGAAGAGUCAGAUAUAAAAGCUACUUAUUUUGAAGUCUACUCAGCAUCUAGUGAAGUAAACUCUGCAGAUAUUCCAAUAUAUUCACAUUCACUAUAUAAUUCCAAUAAGACAACUACAAGCCCCAUUAAAUACCCAUAUAAUUUAUCUAUUCAAGAUCUUUCAGCUCAAUCCCCUAAAGUAUCUGAGUUUACUGAACAAAUGACACCUUUAAACCUUACAAGUGUAGAUCUGAUUAGUUCACCAGUAUAUACAACGAAGGAUAUGUCAUCAUCAGUUCAAUUACCAUUAUUGGGUAUUGUUAGAACCCAUUCCCCUAUUAAAGAGAGACUAGAUUUGCCAGAAAUGGGACUUCAGACAACUGACUCUGUACUAGCACUAGUUGGAUCAAUUGAAACACCUGUUAGUUCAAAAACUCAACCUACAGCUUCAGAUGGCAGAAUUGCAGAAUUUAACAUAAAAGAACCUGUAGAAAUACAAUCUAUCACUAACAAUACUGAAAAUAAAGGCCUACACUCUAAUUCUUCUAGAGUUAUUCAGGAUAUACUAAAUGAGAUAACUGAAAUUCAAUCAUCUAUUACCCUCAAAGAUCUGAAUAUCUUAGCUACUUCUAAUUGA